AUGAUGUCCAAUAACUAUGGCUACAAAUCUACCAAGCAGAAGUACACAGCAGGUAUUCGUGACCGCGACCGCAGGAAUGGAUCCUCUAACUAUACUGCAGGCAUCGAGACAAGAAAUGAAGGCGAGCGCUACAGUUCCUACACAGCCGGUGCUAGGCCCACUCCAGCUCCAGCACAUGCAAAAGGCUACACCGCAGGCAUGGGGGGAGGCGUUGCUCCGCCCACGACCAGUGUCAAAAGCUUCCUUUCUUCGGGAACCAGCCAUUCGCCAUCGCUCUCUGAAAAGUGGCUACCUAGAACAUGA